AUGGACAAUGUCAGACGCCUUCCUGCGGGCUAUCGACGAGAUACGUCCUCCACUUCCACCCGUGAUUCGCGCACGUCACGGAUGCUUGACUUUGGCUCCGGCUCAAAUGCCUCGCACAAUGUCACCUCGCGACACUCGCCUUACUUUGCGCCACGGACACCUCUGGAGACUGGCCUGUUCGAUCCUCACUCCCCCCCAGAAGUUGAGAGGCCACUUGACGACUUUGACAGGGCUCUGCUGGAUGAGGGCCCAAAAGCCCAAGGACCUGCAGGGAAACCGGGCCUGACCCGGGUCUCGCUUCCUCUGAAACCUCUUACGCCGUUGAUGACAAGCCGUACAGGAAGACUCUCACAAGAUGACUCGCAUGACAAGCCAAACCUCCAGGCAUCUAGCUCCUCGCCCACUGCUCCUACCACGAGUCCCACAGUGUCAUUCCUCCAGAGCCGUCAACGUCACAGAACGAAUCCGUCUCUUCCAAGGAGGAUCUUUGACUCAAGGUCAAAUAACUUUUCAUCUGAAGCAGCCGGGCCCUCUCCCGCUAUGACCACUGGAAACAUGAGAGGAGGCCGAAUAUCGUCGCUAGGCAAUCAGCCUACCUCGACUCUUCCUGUCAUCCAAGGGAUUCAGCUGCUCCCAGCUACUAUAUUGCCAGACCAAAUGCGUUCGGUCUUCAAAUUUGAGGUCUUCAAUGCAGUUCAGUCAAAAUGUUUUGAAAGUGCCUUCCAGUCGGAUGACAACCUGGUCGUGUCUGCCCCGACUGGGAGUGGCAAGACUGCCAUCAUGGAGCUAGCUAUCUGCAGGCUAGUGACAGAGUCCAAAGGUCGAGACUUCAAAGUGGUAUACCAAAGCCCUACCAAAUCGCUAUGUUCGGAAAGAUAUCGUGAUUGGCAAAUGAAGUUUGGUGCUCUCAAUCUGCAUUGUGCUGAACUCACAGGCGACACUGACCAUGGCGACUUGGCCAAUGCACAGAAGGCGAACAUCAUUAUCACAACUCCAGAGAAAUGGGACAGCGUGACUCGAAAAUGGAAGGAUCACGCCAAGCUGAUGCAGCUGGUCAAACUCUUUCUUGUCGAUGAGGUGCACAUUCUCAAGGACGAGCGCGGCGCCACGCUUGAAGCUGUCGUGUCCAGGAUGAAGUCCGUGAAAUCCAAUAUCAGAGUUGUUGCGUUAUCCGCGACCGUGCCGAACUCGGAGGACGUGGCAACCUGGCUGGGAAAGAACUCUUCGUCGCAGCACUUGCCUGCACGCAGAGAGGUCUUUGGAGAGAGUUUUCGGCCUGUCGAGCUCAAUAAGCAUGUCUAUGGGUUUGAGGCGAAGAGCAAUGAUUUUGCCUUCGAGUCGAUGUUAACACACCAAAUACCUGAUAUCAUUGCCAAGCAUGGACGGGGGAAGCCUGUCAUGGUAUUUUGCUCUACCCGACGAGCUGCGGCUACAACUGCCAAGAUGCUUGCGGACAUGUGGUCGACCUCACGUCCCUUGGAGCGCCUGUGGAGAGGGCCCGAAAAGCCUCUCUCACUGACGAGUUCUGAUCUCAAAGCCACGGCGGUGGCUGGAGUAGCUUUCCAUCACGGAGGCGUGCUCGCAUCAGAUCGCCAGACUAUCGAGAAUGCUUUUCUGGAUGGACAGAUCAGUGUCAUUUGUAGCACUUCCACUUUGGCUGUCGGCGUGAACCUUCCUUGCUAUCUGGUAAUCCUGAAAGGAACAAUGUCUUGGACCGACAAUGGCUUCAAGGAAUACGCAGAUCUGGAAGUCAUGCAAAUGCUUGGUAGAGCAGGGAGACCGCAAUUCGAAACUUCAGCAUGUGCGGUUAUUCUAACUCGAAAGAACAAAGUUGCGCACUACCAGAAGAUGGUGUCAGGUGAAGAGAUGUUGGAGAGCUGCCUUCAUCAGAAUCUUAUCGAGCACCUCAACGCAGAAGUUGUCCUCGGAACAGUGCAUGAUGUCGCAACGGCAAUGCAAUGGCUAGAGAGCACUUUCUUCUAUGUUCGCCUGAAGAAGAAUCACUCUCAUUAUCAAUUUCGAGAAGGAGUCGACGAAAGUACCGAGGAUGAGUUGCUCGAGCGACUGUGCACGAAAGAUGUUGGGUUACUCCUGGACGCCGGACUCGUGGAGCACACCCCUCGAUUGACCUCGACUGUCUUUGGAGAGGCUAUGGCAAGGUACUACGUCAGCUUUGACACUAUGAAAUCUUUCAUGGGAUUACCCCCCAGGGCGAGGAUGUCGGAAAUCCUAUCGGUUCUGGCCCAAGCAAGAGAAUUCCGCGAAAUACGAAUGUUGGCCGGGGAGAAAUCUUUUUACAAAGAAAUCAACAAAGCCCCGGAGAUCAAGUUUCCGGUCAAGGUCGAUGUUGCCCUACCAUGCCACAAGAUCUCGCUGCUGAUCCAGGCUGAACUGGGCAACGUCGCGUUGCCUGACGGCGAGACCCACAAAAAGCAUCACCACCAGAGUCGAAUAGACAAGGCACCGGUCUUUGCACACGCGAACAGGCUGAUCCGAUGUAUCAUUGACUGUCAAAUUCAUCUCGAGGAUGGCACUUCGACUCGGAACGCGCUUGAGUUAGGGCGCAGCCUUGCGGCACGCGUAUGGGACAAUACCGCCAGCCAGCUCAGGCAGGUUGAAGGACUGGGUGAAGUUGCUGUUCGAAAACUGGCGGCUGCCCAUAUUAACAGCAUCGAUACGCUUCUCAACACCGAGCCCUCCCGGAUCGAAAUAGUCCUUGGGAAGCAUCCUCCUUACGGCCACCAACUAUUGCAAAAGCUGGAAGCAUUUCCCAACCUGAGAAUAUCGGUCAAAGAGACUGCCCGAGAAGUUCUAGCCGGCAAUGGUGUCAAGAUCAAAAUCAUUGCGGAGCUUGGAUUCCUGAACAAGCAGUUGCCACGUAUCUUCAACAAGAAGAUAUUCUCUAUCUGCUUUUUAGCUGAGACUUCUCACGGGGCUCUCGUGGAUUUCAGGAGGUUCAAUCCAAAAAGGCUUGAAAGUGACGGACAGGUGUGCCUCACGUUGCACGUCACGAGGCCGACUAAUUAUGUUAACUGCUACGUGAUGUGCGACAACAUCGCUGGUACCAGCAAGUACGCCAAACUCCAACUAUCGGACAUUCCGAAGUUGGUCGAGGAGUUCGAUGACGGCGGUAUCAAUGACCAGGAUCUGCUAGACCUGGAAGCUGAUGUUGUCACGUAUCGGGAACCUACGCAACUGCGCAACGGGCGCUGGACUUGUCAGCAUGACUGCAAUGAACAGAACAAGAAAUGCAAACACCGAUGCUGCAAAGAAGGCGUUGCAAAGCCGAGGCGCAGACCAAAAGUGGAGCCCAAGAUCCAAGAAGAGAAAGCCCAGAAGAAGAUAACAGCGGUAAUGAAACCGAGAUUCAAGUCUGAAGUCAAAGGUCGCACGCAUUCGGCAGAUUUGACUACAGCAAGGUCAGAAAGCAAGUCAGAUCAGAAUCGAGCCCGGAUUUCCAGUAGAGCUGAUCGUUCAAGAAGCCGGAGCCCGGGGGGUGCGAACGUUCAAGAACCGACCGCGAAAAGAGUGAAACUGUCAGAGCGCAGAGGACGAGAGGUCUCGGAACAAUUGGACAUAGAUACCAAUUUCAAGUCCAAAGAUUCAUGGCAGUCUUCUCACAAUGGCCAAUCCGACAUCCCAAAGGGACACAACCCAAGUACUGGAAAGGACAUCGAUGAACUUUUCAUUCUCUUUUCCGAUGAAGACGACGAUAACCCUGUUAACUUCUCACUCGGAAAGGUUCGGCCAAUUGAUGAACAUGACUUCUCAUCUCGGAAGAGCACUGAGGUUGUGGAAGCAACCCAACCCUUGGACACACGUCUGGUCACCGAGGACUGGCUCUCACGGGCAGACGAAGACUUGGAUUUCUCAACCGCAGAUGUUGAUCUCGGUUGUUUUGAUGCACCACUCGAGCACGUUUCCUUGUCAGACGUCCUCAAGAAAAGCAAAACUUCUGCGACAGUUCCAGGCAGUUUUGAAACGCCAGAAUUACCAGACCUCGCAGAUGACGCGAGCUUUGCUGAUGAUUUCUUCCUUGCUACUGUCGACUUCGAUGAGUCUCUAUCAAAUCAUCCCGGGAAAGUUACAGAUUCCGGCAGUCGUCGAUAUGAGGAUUUCACAUCAAUUGCUGAUACACCGGUCGAAUCAGUGAAGACCCCGGAAGGCACUGAGCUCAUCGACAGACCAGUCGAGACUGGGGAUGGGGUUGUGGAGCCUGUAGGCAUAGAGUCCGACUCUCAGCGGGAAAAGAGACUGUACGAAGAAAACCAGAAGAAAAAAUGGGAAGGUAUCGAUCAGUGGAUUUAUGACGAGUUCCACGAGUAUGUGGAGCUUGUUUGA